AUGACAGAGCAAGAAGUUUUCCCAGUGCCACCAACCCAUUUCAACCCGGAACGGGAUGGGGCAAGCCUCCGAGGAAUGGAGGAAUACAAAAAAUUGUACAAAGAGUCCCUGGAUGAUCCAAAUGCCUUUUGGGCCAGACUCUCUCGAGAACUCCUGACAUUCGAUCAAGAUUUUCAUACUGUCCGUGAAGGUACUCCCCUACAAGGGGACAUCUCCUGGUUUUUAGGCGGGCGUCUAAAUGCAACAUACAAUUGUGUCGAUCGGCACGCAAAGGUCAAUCCCGAUCGCAAUGCCAUUGUCUACGAGGCCGAUGAACCAAACCAGGGACGAACAGUGACCUACGGUGAACUACUAGCCCAGGUAUCUAGCACUGCAUCUGCUCUCCGGGCGCUCGGUGUCAAAAAGGGUGACCGUGUCGUGGUAUAUAUGCCAAUGAUCCCAGAAGCUUUCAUUGCUGUGCUUGCUAUUUCCAGGUUGGGAGCAAUUCACACUCUGAUUUUUGAUGGGUUUUCGCCGAGCUCUAUAGCCGAUCGGAUUCUAAACGCAGAGGCCAAGAUUGUCGUCACGGUUGACCAGGCAAAACGCAGUGGACGAGAGACUCCCAUGAAGAAGGGUGUCGACGAGGCUCUUGCUAGGUGUCCCAAUGUGCGCACAGUGCUUGUCUACCAACAUUGCAAAUCUCCAGUACCUUGGGCCGAGGGUCGGGAUGUCUGGUGGCACGAAGCUGUUAAACCAGAUGCUGAAUUUGUCGAGCCUGAAAUCAUGGAUUCCGAGGAUCCCCUUUUCAUUCUAUACACUUCCGGCUCCACAGGAAAGCCAAAGGGCUUGGUGCAUUCAACAGCCGGAUUUCUGACCGGCGCGGCGGCGACCGGCAAAUAUGUCUUCGAUAUCCAACCGUCUGAUACGUUCUUCUGCGCAGGCGACAUUGGUUGGAUCACCGGGCUGGUAUAUGGGUUUUACGCACCACUUCUCUUAGGAUGCACGACAGUCAUAUUUGAGGGAAGUCCGCUUUAUCCAACUCCAUCGCGGUACUGGGAGAUCUGUGAGAAGCAUGAUGUAACCCAAUUUUAUGUCGCGCCCACAGCUCUCCGUCUUCUGAAAAGGUUCAGCGACUCUGAAAUCUCGCAGUCGCUGUCUUCCCUGCGUGUUCUCGGGUCGAUUGGCGAGCCCAUUGCACCCGAGGUGUGGAAAUGGUAUCACCAGGCUGUAGGCAAGGGGAAGGCCCAUGUCCUUGAUACAUAUUUCCAAACGGAGACAGGCUCACUCGUCCUUACACCGCUGGCUGGUGUCACUCCGACCAAGCCGGGAAGCUGCACCCUUCCAUUCUUUGGUGCCGAUCCCGUUAUAUUGGACUCUGUCACAGGCAAAGAGAUCGAAUCGCCGUGUCCUGAAGGAAUUUUGGCAUUUAGGGACCCAUGGCCAAGUAUGGCGAGGUCAGCUUGGGGCGAUCCUGAAAGGUUUCUGGACACGUAUUUCCGGCCCUACCCCGGCUACUAUUUUACCGGCGAUGGUGCUCGAAAAGAUUCAGAUGGCUACUACUGGAUCAAGGGCCGGAUUGAUGACGUGGUGAAUGUUUCUGGUCAUCGCCUCUCAACUGCAGAGAUCGAAGCGGCUCUUCUCGAAAACGAGUAUGUAGCGGAGGUGGCGGUUGUUGGUGUAGACGACGAAAUCACUGGCCAGUCUGUGGUCGCCUUUGUGACUCUCAAACAACAGCCCGAGGGAAGAGACAUUCGCAAAGAUUUGAAAAAGCAAAUCACUCGAAGUAUAGGGUCCUUAGCCCUUCCCCGCACGAUCCAUUUGGUCAGUGAUAUUCCGAAAACUCGAUCUGGGAAGAUCACUCGACGGAUCAUGAGGAAGAUUCUCAGUGACGACAUGGAAAACAUCGGGGAUACAUCGACGGUGGUCAAUCCCGCAGCUAUAGACAUCGUUGCGGAUGUUGUUCUCGGACCAAAGAAAUGA